GCAGUUUUCCCCUUUCCUAGUGGUUCUAUCCUGACCUUCCUCAAUAGGAAGGGAGGUGCUUGAGGAAGACUCCAAACAACUUCCUCAAAACUUCCACAGCUUGUGAGUGUAACUUUUCCUAUGAGUGUUACAGAGCAGCUGGUGGCUGCUAUCGAGGGAUCAAACAUGACGGAUAAAAGAUGACUUCAUCCUAGAGUGUUAACUAUGGAUUAUAUUUUCCGACAUCUUUCGGUAGGACAAUUUUAAUGGGUUCUUGAAAUGGAAUACUGACUGCCUAAAGGAGUGCCUCUUGUGUUUACUUCAAGUUUCAGCAGAUAUUGCCAUUUUCAAGAUGUGCAUAUCAGCUCUUAAGAGUUAUAACAUUUCCAAGAUUGUUGAACAACACAAAGCAAAUAAGAACAAUCCAUGGCCAGCCUUCCGACACAAUGAAAGACCGCUUGAAAGAGUUACUGGAGAGAACUCAGAAUUCUCCUGAUUCAGGAAGCAUAAGUUUUAACCCUCUGUCCGAGGAGGAAGAUGGCACUGACAAGUCUGUGGUCGUCGGGGUCAUAACACCUGAGGCCGUGAUAUUUGAGGAGGAGCCAGUCAUUGACAACUUUCUAUCGGAAGUUCAGCAAAUCCGAAAUGAUAUUGUUGCACUGGAAAUCGAGGUCCUUAAAUUCGGCCAACAACAAAAGAUGUUGGUUGCAACUAUGCGCCGUUUCAGUAUAAUGAAAAAAGAGAGCAGCAUAACGAGGGACAUCAAGCUCCAAGCUGAGAGCCUCCACCGACGUCUGGACAAGCUUUCCAAACAAGUGCAAAAAACAGAAGAGCAGCACGGUCCUACUGCUGUUACAACAAGAAUACAACGCUCUCAGCAUACAUCAGUCUACCUCAAAUUCCAGCAGGUAAUGCGGCAGUAUAAUGAAGGACUGUUGACCAAGCAGGAGCGCUGCAAGCACUUCAUUAUCCGGCAGCUAGAAGUCUCGGGAAAGGAUGUGACGGAAGAGGAGGUGAAUGAGAUGGUUGCCACGGGAAAAUGGGAAGUUUUCAAUGAAAACCUGCUAAAUGAUGUCAAAAUCACUCGGUCCCAAUUGUCAGAGAUUGAACAGAGGCACAAGGAACUCUUGAGCCUUGAAAGCAACAUGAUGGAGAUGAAGGACCUCUUCAUGGAUAUUUUUAUGUUGGUGGAGGAACAAGGGACCCACAUUGAGCACAUCCAGACCAAUGUGGAACGGACCCAGGACUAUGUGGCAGCUUCUAAUGAGAAGUUCAAGUUGGCCGCCAGGUACAAAAAAAAGAACCCCCUUCGUCGGCUCUGCUGCUGUUGUUGCCCUCCCUGGAAAUGCUGCUUUUAAAGUUCGGCGAAUUGGAAUCUAGAGGCUGGUAUUUAAAGUGUCUCCCUUACCUGUUGGAAGUAAACAACAUUGGAAUCGAGUGCCAUUAAAGUGAAGGUUAUGGUACCGCAAUUCUUGCUGUUGAACACGGCAACGGCGAAGACAGAUUCAGCAGAGCAUAGAAAACAAUUAAGGGGGAGGCCAGGAAUUGAUAUUUGAGGCACUUAUUUCUUUGAAGAGAGUGUGAAGUGACUGCUAUUGGAAGAGACAGUUCACUGAGUGCUCUUCACCAACAUGACUGUGUAUUGGAGACCUUCACUGUCAUCUGAGAGAGGUCAUAAACAAGACUUCUACCUCUGCAACUGUCAUUGCUUCAACACACAUUCCAUUCGCCAUUGUUUGAAAGUUUUUUUCGAACACGCGCUUUUUUUUUUUUGUGACAAAGCACUUUGCUAAAGCUCAAAUUUGAUAUUGUUAGGAUUAGGAAUUAAUUUUUUUUUGUCCAUCAUAAAUCAACAGAAUUAGCUUUUGUGCAAUGGAUUGAACAUUUCAGUCCAGUGGAACCCGACAAAAAGGGUCAUCUUAUUUUUACAUUUGACUUAAAAAUGUUUAAAUGUUAUUUAUUUGCACAAUUUAUAGAUAGUGUAUGAUUUAAGAUUGUUGCCGCUGGAACCUUGCAUGGCUUUCUGUAUUUUUUUCGGAAUAUAAGGCACACUUAAAAUCAGAUUUUUCCCCAAAAUUGUCAGUGGACUUUAUGGUCCAGUGCACUUUACGAAUUCUGGUUGUGUUCAAUGACCUUGAACCUAAUUUGUACGAGCUUACAGGAUUAUACGGCUCCAAUUAUGUGCUCAAGACACACAUUCAUCAAACCCAGAAUUCAAAUAAUAAAUAAAUGAAAGACAACAGAUAAAGAACAAAUGACAAAUGGAACUUGUAAUAUGGUGCACUUCAUGUAUGAAAAUAAACAUGUUCUUUGACGGUGAACUUUAUAGUCUGGUACGCUUUGUCUUUAUAUUCCGAAAAAUAUGGUAAUUUGAUUUAGAUUAUGCUAUAGGGAAAAAGACAAAAAAUAUCAUGGAUUCAAAUUUAUCAUAUAUUGACCAACGUAAUUAAAAGUUGGGCUGCUCUUUAAGUGUAUGUUCAUCUGGAUGCCAAAACUAAAUAAAAAUAGAUUAAAAAAAAAAAAAAAAAAAAAAACAA